CUUUCAUGUGAUAUUCAUAUGAUUUCUAUAUUACUGUUACGUUUAGUCUCAAUAUCGUAAAUAUUUUCAUUUCAUCACUAAUUUUCCACUAAUAUCUUAUUAAUUAAAUAAUUAUACAAAUCAAUUGAAAAAUCUAUACAACAAAUAGCAAAAAAAAAAUUAUAAAUUCGUAUAAAAUAAUUGAUGAAAAAGUGAUGUUUUCAUAGUAUGAAUGCAUUUCUUGGCAUCAUUUGGAUAAUGAGUUUGCGAAUUGAAUAAUGGGAUGGCAUUUGAGGGGAAAUACAAUUUCUAAUUAAAGCCAAUUAACUAAUAUAUACGAUGAAUGCACUGCACAUGUAAUGUAUUCACACAUAAUAACUACAAAUCACUUGUAAUCCAAUGUAAAAACUCAUUACUAUUUUCGCAUCAAAAGUAAAGCCACAAAAAGCUGUCAUACAUUUCAUCAGUCAUUGCAAUUGAAAAGUGAUUUAAAUAUUUUCAAACCAUUCACACAAUCAGUGUUUAUACUCCCAAUCAUACAGUCGUUGUUGUAUUUGUACAACAAUUUGGUCCGCAAGUGAUCCGUUGGGAAGUGAUGGCGAGUCGAUUGGGUCGUCGGUACGGGAAGUACGCUCUGUUGGUCUGCGGCGCCGGCAUCUCGUCGUACGCCGUGUUUCGGUUGAUUGACCAGAAAAAAGAGGUACACUUUAGACAAACCAAAACCCAAUCGGAGAGAUUAUUAGUGAACGCCUCAUCACAACAGACACUCUCGUCGUCCCAUUUGAGGCCAACCUCUAGCAAAGGCCUGCCCUCCAGAGCCGAUCAGCUCAAGAGUCUUCGCGAUGGCAAAGAGUUUGACGUAUUGGUGAUCGGCGGCGGAGCCACUGGUUGUGGUGUCGCUCUGGAUUCCGUCACCAGAGGUUUAUCGACAGCAUUGGUAGAGUUGGACGACUUCUCUUCGGGUACAUCGAGUCGGAGCACAAAACUGAUUCACGGAGGCGUCAGGUAUUUGCAAAAAGCGAUCCUGAAGUUGGAUUUGGAACAAUACAAGAUGGUCAGGGAAGCGCUCCAGGAGAGAGCAAAUCUAUUAGAGAUAGCGCCGCAUCUGUCAUAUCCCUUACCCAUUAUGUUACCGGUCUAUCAUUACUGGCAAAUACCGUACUUCUGGGUGGGCAUAAAGAUGUACGACUUGGUCGCGGGCACGAAGAACGUCAGGUCAUCCUAUUAUCUCUCGAAGAAGGAUGCGAUGGAUUUGUUUCCGAUGUUGAGAAGCGAUUCAUUGGUCGGCGCUAUUGUCUACUAUGACGGUCAGCACAACGACGCCCGUAUGAACCUCUCUAUAGCGUUGACAGCAGUCCGAUACGGGGCCACAAUUGCCAAUCACGUGGCCGUCACUAAACUCAAUAAGGAUUCCGACGGAAAGCUUAUCGGCGCUCGACUUCAGGAUCAGAUUACUAAACAGGAAUGGGAUGUAAAGGCAAAGUCCAUAAUCAACGCCACCGGGCCUUUCACUGAUAACAUUAGACUUAUGGACGAUCAGAACACACGUAAAAUAUGUCAGCCCAGCGCUGGCGUUCAUAUCGUACUCCCGGGUUAUUAUAGUCCGGAAAGUAUGGGUCUUUUGGAUCCGUCGACCAGCGAUGGACGAGUUAUAUUCUUCCUCCCGUGGGAGAAGUGGACGAUCGCCGGCACCACUGAUAGAGUGUGUGAAGUGACACACAGUCCGGCGCCGACUGAGAAUGACAUUCAAUUUAUUCUAAAUGAGAUCAAACAUUAUCUCAGCCCUGAUAUUAAUGUCCGUCGCGGAGAUGUGAUGUCUGCCUGGGCUGGCAUUCGGCCACUUGUUUUGGAUCCGUCGAAACCGAAUACGGAAUCCAUUGCAAGGAAUCAUAUAAUAAACACGAGUCCGAGUGGUCUCGUGACGAUUGCGGGCGGAAAGUGGACUACAUAUAGAGUGAUGGCAGAAGAGGCGGUCACUGAAGCGAUUGCUACAAAUCCGGAUAAGUUAAGUCACGCCACAAAAUGCAAAACAUUAGGUCUUAUUCUCGAGGGCGGACACAACUGGACCCCAACCUUAUAUAUUCAGUUGGUUCAAGACUACGGCUUAGAGCCAGAAGUGGCCCACCAUUUGGCCAAUACAUACGGCGACAAAUCGUUUGCUGUGGCAAAGUUGGCCGAAUUGACCGGAAAGCGAUGGCCAGUCGCCGGACGUCGUCUGCAUUCAGAGUUUCCAUACAUUGAGGCGGAAAUUCGUUUCGCUGUUCGAGAGUACGCGUGCACUGCAGUCGAUGUAAUCGCCCGACGCUUACGACUGGCUUUCCUGAACACACAGGCGUGUGAAGAGACGUUACCACAAAUUGUGGACAUUUUGGCCGAUGAACUCAAAUGGAGUAAAUCUGAGAAAGAGUUGCAAUUGAAGAAAGCCAUGGAAUUCUUGCGGACAGAAAUGGGACAACAGGUGAACAAAGAGUUAAGAGAUUUCGAAGAAGACCUGCACGUAAUGUUGAGCGAAGUGGACAUUAACAAGAACGGCCAAGUUGAGUUGGGUGAGUAUCUGGAACUGAUGAGUGCCCUCAAGACGGGUACCAUUUCCAGCAGUCGCUUCUCUAAGGCCGCAGAAAUGGAGUUCAAUAAGAUAACAGUGGAUCGCGCGGGCGGUGGCCUAUAG